UCGUCACUUCCACUCCUCAUAUAUAAAAUCCCACACAGCCGCAAAGUCCAACUCAAACCAGAUUAUUCAGUAUAACAGAAAUAACUACACACACACACAACUGAAGCUCGAGAGAAACAUAUUUUAAACCGGAACAGAAUCCAAUUAAAACCAAACCGGGAUUUGCAAGAAAAUGGUGAAGCAAGCGAAAGCGACGAAGGAAGAGGAGAAGAAUAGAAACACGGCAAUGCAGUCAAAGUACAGAGGAGUAAGGAAGAGGAAAUGGGGGAAAUGGGUAUCUGAGAUCAGACUUCCACACAGCAGAGAACGUAUCUGGUUAGGCUCUUACGACACUCCCGAGAAGGCUGCCCGUGCUUUCGACGCCGCUCAGUUUUGUCUCCGCGGCGGCGAUGCCGAUUUCAAUUUCCCUGAUAACCCACCUUCCAUCUCCGGAGGUAUGUCUUUGACUCCUCCUGAGAUCCAGGAAGCCGCUGCUCGAUUCGCCAACGACACUACUACCCAAGACAAUGUUGUUGUUCUCGUCAAGGGAGAAGAAGAAGAUGAAGAAGAAUCAGGUCUAGUACCCGGAUCCGAGAUCCGACCUGAGUCUCCUUCUACCUCUGCGUCUGUUGCUACGUCGACGCUAGAUUUUGAUCUUUCAUUUUUCGAUUUGCUUCCGAUGGAUUUUGGGAUAUUUCCUGGGUUCGAUGACUUCUCCGGCGAUCGAUUUACAGAGAUUUUACCAAUCGAAGACUACGAAGGAGAGAGUUUGUUGGAUGAAUCUUUGCUUCUUUGGGAUUUUUGAAUUUAUUCCAAAAGAACAUUUUUUUGGGUUUAAUCGGGUCGUCACGGAGUAAUCUGGUGACUCAUUUUUUUUGUAACACGGAGCUCCACUGACCCGGGAACUUGUUUCGUUUCGGAUCCGAAUUUGAUGUGGAUCAUCAUUUCUUCAUUCAUAUAUAUUUUUUUUAUUUUUGUUUUCUUUGAUACUUUUGUUAUUAUCACAGAUAAAU